ACUAUUCUCAUGGCGAGGAGAAGUUCUGUUUGAUCAAAAUUGUUAGGUGGUAAAAGUCUACUAAAAUGUUGAAGUUUCUACUUCUUGUUAACAAGCAAGGACAUACACGUGUUUCACAAUACUACGAGCACUUGGAUCUGGAAGAAAGAACGAAUAUUGAAGCUGAAAUAACGCGGAAAUGUUUGGCAAGGAGUGACGACCAGUGUCCUUUUAUGGAAUUCAAGAAUUUCAAAGUUGUCUACAGGAGAUAUGCUUCACUACUCUUCAUAGUUGGCGUGGAUUCUGAUGAGAAUGAGUUGUCAAUACUUGAGUUCAUUCAUAACUUCGUAGAAACUCUGGAUCGGUAUUUUUCAAAUGUGUGUGAAUUGGAUAUUAUGUUCAACCUGGAUAAAGUGCAUAUGAUCUUGGAUGAAAUGAUCGUAAAUGGAGAGAUAUUGGAGACAAAUAAGAAUAGAAUACUUGCACCUGUUUCUGUAUUGGACACUGCAAAUAGCUGAUAUAUUGGGAUUGGAACAUUCAAUGGACAUUUACUUACAUUUUUGUUUAAACCUUGCUUAAGAUUGUGUCCAACCUGUACAACAAGGGCAUUACCUUGGAUGAAAUGGUCUUAGAUUGAGGGCAAAUGGAUAGGGGUCCUGAAAACUAGCAAUGAAGACAUAAAAACCAUUUUAGUUUUCAUGCUUAACAUCUAUAAUGUUCUCUCCAUGGUCAACCAUCUAAGCAAUCCAGGAAGCUUUAAUUUUGCAAUUAUCCUGCCAUUAUAUAAGAAUUCAUGAAUUGCACGUUUAUUGAGUUUAACAAUCUUUCCUUUUCGAACACUCUUUCCAUGAGUUUAAUAUGAUAGUUGUCUUAAUUUGAAGGAAUUGUGCUUAUUCAGAGAUGUAAAAGACUUCAUUUUGCAGUUUGCCAAAAAUCCUGAGAAGUUAAUUGUGGUCCAGUUGUUAUCUCUUCAGAAUUUCAGAUAUGAAUCAUGUAAAUAGGCCACUCUUUGCAGUAGUGUGACAGAGUCACAUGGAUACUUCUAUAAUUGUUUUAGACUUGUUCCACCAGCUGCCUAAAUUAAAUAACCGCAUGCAAAUGGAGUACAUAUUGUAUAUAGUUUAAUGAUCUUAAAUUUUAAUAAAGUUUUGCUAUUGCAGCUCA